CGCACCCAAGAACAACCCCGCGGCAACCACCAAGCAGCCGGGCGAUCCAACAGCCAGUCAAGCGGCACUGCAACUCCAUCGUCGUGCAGUCCAGCGGACACGCCACUCUCCAUAACUACCACCAGGCAACAGAAUCUCGGCCAAUUGCGCCAUUUCAGUGCAGGAGCCAGAUCCAGAGCCAGAGCCAGACCCAACAUCCUAUCCCCAAACCAUCGAACAUCGAGCAUCAUGUCCAAAGUGCCAAGCAUCGGAUCUGCCCCGCCCACUCGUUCGGCCAGAGCCAAAUGCUGGGCUGCCCGAGAUGACUACUUCAACUGCCUCGAUCAGUCCAAGCUGUGGCUCCAUGGCCUUGGUCCAACCAGCCACGAGGACAUCCUCGCCGUGGACCCCAUCGAGCUGAAAUGCAAGACCGAGUCCGAUCGGUCGCUAUCGCGCGAGGAGCGAUCGAGGCUGUUUGCCUGCAAAAAGUUCAAGGAGAUAUUCGACAAGGAAUGCCUGCCGUCAUGGUCAUCACACUUUAGUAUGCUCCGGGUCAAGGAUCUGCAAAAAGACUACAUCAUCGAAACCGUGGAGCAGUCGGAACGGGAGCGUGAAGCGAACGACGACGAGUUUUGGAAGAAGGUAUCGGCCAAGCCUCAGUAGAAAGCGGCACCGUCGUGCGCUACCGGCGUAGAAUAGGGCGCUCCGAAUUGCUCGAUUGCUCGGCCGGCUGGCUCGGCAUUCAAUACAUUUGAGAGUG